ACGGCCUCUUCCUUUGAAAACCGGUAAAGAGGCUUGAAAUUUCUCCUUCUUUCUUGCUCAACCGCAAGAUUUGGGGCUUAGAAUCUUCCCUCUCAACCCAGAAAAUCCCGGUUCUGCUCUGCUCUUCUUCCUGGUCCGCCGGCUGCUGUGGGUUUGAAUUUCUGGGCAUUUUUCGGGCACUGUUCACACACCGAGGGUCAACGAUUAACGGGGAUUUAAAGGUUUAGUUUGUGAUAUAAGAAUGAAUUUGGAGAUGUCCGGUCAUGUGGAGAUUGAUAGAAAUAGCACUGUGAUUGGGGAUAGUGCUAAAGAUGAUUUCACUGUAAAUUUGUGGUGGUAUGGUUAUUAAUUGUGGAAUAUUGUGAUUAGGUUUUGAUCGUUCUGUUAUCGUAGCACUUGGGUUAGCCUUCUGUUUUGUGCCAGUGAGGAAGUGAAACUGAGGACGGAGAAACCAAGGGGAGUGACGAGUUAGAAGGCUAGCCAUUCAAAUGGGGUAUAAGUUUUGGAUUUUAUCAUCCUUUUGUAAGGUUGCAUGGCGUCUGUCACAUCCUCGGAUUUGGGUUAUAGGGCGUAACAGUUCUAGAUUUUUCUACCAACAAAUGUUUAACUAAAUUGGUAUCAAUAACUUAAAAACCUUAGUUUGAUAUCAAGAUUAGAGAUUCAAAUUUCUGUAUUAACUAGUAGCUAACCAUUUAAUGUAUAAAAAAAUAUUAGAUUU